AUGCCCAGUGAAAGAGAUCGCAGUUUUCCUCGUGGGCCCGCUGCAGUGGGAGCGAGCGAGAGGCCUCCAGGAACGGGCAGGUCAACAAAUGAAAGACACUCACUUUGGCCCACCUGCACGACGUCGGCGGCGUCGGCCGCCUUCUGCAAACAACAACAGCGACUGCGAAAUUGCGGCUCCGAGAUUGCAGAUUGUGUAAUAGGAAAAACAUUGGAGGCUCUUGUCCUAGUGGCGCCAAACUGCGGUAUAAAAACGCGAGCCGCACUCAAACUGCAGACACUUCCAUUGCAGCCGUGCAGCCAACGAGGUCUGCUGCCAAGUAACCCGAGGACUACUUCUGGAGUGAGCCUAAAUCCAAGCCAAAUGGCCAACAACAUUAAGAUGCCGCUCUUUGUGGCCGCUGCAAUUGUGUGGAUUGCCGUGCCGGCGACCGCAGGGACAGCGUCGACGAAAGCUUCAUCAAUGCCAGCUGGAGCCCAGACAGCGCUUUACGGCAGUUAUGGCAGCACAGGCGGUGCCAGGCACUACGAUAAUCGUUGGCGGCCAAUGGGCGAGAGGGAGGCCGUGUCAUCCAUGUCGGCCAUGCUGCAGCGCUACGGCUUGCGGUACGAUGGGGCGGAGGGCGAGCGCCGCAGCUUUAGGAGCGAUUCGUCUAGUUUGGGCGGACACGGUGGGGGCGGGGGCGGUGUGGGAGCUGUGCUUAAUGGGCUCACAAAUCUCUCGGGCCUGGGACACAUUAGCAACGGCUAUGCCUCAGUGGCGCCCACGCACACCGAAGCCUUGGCAGCCGCCUCGUCAAAACAAGAGAUACCAAUUUAUGAAGAGCAGCACGAGGAUGCGGCCGUUGCGGCGCUGGCGGCGUCAGCCAGCGAUUACGGCGAUACGGAGGCGGGUCGCAGCGGCCAGCACUCGGCGAUUUACAAUUUUCCAGCUGCUGGUGCGGAGCAUGCGGCUGGCUAUCUGCCGGCCUACGGUGGAGCAGAGCAUGGGGCGUGGACGCCCUACCAGCAGCACGCGACGCAGGAGGCGCAGGAGGCGGGCGGCAGCCAUUAUGCCUACGACAAAAUGUCGCACCAGCAACAGCUGCUGGAGCACGCAUCCUAUUUCACACCUCACGAAACCGAGAGCGAGCCGUCAGCCGGAUCGGACUCAGCGGGCAGCGGCCCAGCCGACUACGAGCAGCAAUCAGAGGGCGAUGAGCACGCCGGCAAUUUCCUGGCUCACGACGACAGCCAUGGCCAGCAGCACCAGCACCACCAUCACGUCGAUAUCAUCAACUAUGUGCCGGUGAAGCAUGUCAAGACGCAGCAUGUGCCCGUCGAGAAGCCUGUCAAAAUUCCGAUCUCCCAUGCCGUCAUCAUACCGAUCAAGAAGCCCGUGCCCAUCCACAUACCCAUCACCAAGCAGGUGCAGGUCGCCGUCGAGAAGGAGCUGAAGGUGCCGGUGGAGCGCCUGGUGCCCGUGCCCAUCGAGAAGCACGUGCCCGUGCCCGUGGAGAAGCGUGUGCCCUACACGGUCAUCAAGUAUCUGCCCAUCAAGGUGCCCAAGCCCUUCCCGGUCAAGGUGCCCGUGUUUAAGACGGUGCUGCACAAGGUCAAGAGCUGGUGGUAA